AUGUGAGAUUCGUAAACUCUUCUCUUUCUGGUUCUUUGUUCUUCUCUUUUUCAUGGAUGCUCUAUUGUACUCGCAGCAAGGGAUAGAGAUGCCCUACUCGCCCAUACGUUAUUCGAAGGUCAAGCUUCCUCUAUUCGCUUCUGCUGCUUCGAGUAAACAUAGUUGUUCUCCAGUUGGAGCUUGUUGUCUCUUCCCUAUGGGAUUAAGGUCAAGCAAGAAUAUGCUUCAAAGCAGUAAGCGAAGUCUCAUCAAUGAGGUAAGUGGUCGUGCCAAAUAUAAAGUUACAAAUGUUUAUGAGCGCCAUGCUCAAGAAACUGUGAUUGAGGAAGCUGCUGAAAGGUCUGAACUCAACGUACCAAUGAAAGUCUCUCCAGGCCAAGCUUUUCCACUUGGAGCAUCUGAAAUGGAAAAUGGAAUCAACUUUGCUAUCUUUUCACAACAUGCAACUGCAGUCAUGCUUUGCUUAUCACUUCCUGGAAGGAGACUUGAUUCUGCAGCAGUGGAACUAACUUUGGAUCCUCAAAUGAACAGGACAGGGGACAUAUGGCACAUAUUUGUGGAGGACCUGCCUCGACAUGGUGUUCUUUAUGGUUAUCGUAUUGAUGGCCCUCGAGAAUGGAAGCAAGGGCAUCGAUUUGACAGCAGUGUUGUCCUUAUAGAUCCUUAUGCAAAACUAGUUGAGGGUCGCAGAUUUUUUGGAGAUUCCAAAGAUAAGAUGUCUAAGUUUCUUGGAACUUAUGACUUUACUAGCUUGCCUUUUGAUUGGGGAGAAAAUUACAAAUUUCCAAGCAUUCCUGAGAAAGAUCUUGUUAUAUAUGAAAUGAAUGUUCGUUCAUUUACUGCUGAUGAAUCAAGUGGGCUGGAUCCAGACAUACGUGGCAGCUACCUUGGGGUGAUUGAGAAGAUCCCACAUCUUUUGGAGCUUGGAAUCAAUGCUGUGGAACUUUUACCUGUAUUUGAGUUUGAUGAGUUGGAAUUUCAGAGGCGUCCAAACCCUAGAGAUCACAUGAUCAAUACUUGGGGUUAUUCUACAAUAAAUUUCUUUGCUCCUAUGAGUCGCUAUGCCAGUUCUGGGGGUGGAUCUAUUGCUGCUUCUCGGGAAUUCAAAGAAAUGGUAAAAGCCUUACAUGCUGCUGGGAUUGAGGUCAUUUUGGAUGUGGUAUAUAACCAUACAAAUGAAGCUGAUGACAAGAAUCCUUACACAACCUCAUUUCGUGGCAUAGAUAAUAAGGUUUACUAUAUGGUUGACUUCAACAACAAUGGUCAAUUGCUUAAUUUCUCAGGAUGUGGGAACACAUUAAAUUGCAACCACCCUGUGGUCAUGGAACUUAUACUUGGUAGUUUAAGACAUUGGGUCACAGAGUACCAUGUGGAUGGAUUUCGUUUUGAUCUUGCAAGUGUUCUUUGUCGAGGAAUGGAUGGAUCUCCACUCAAUGCUCCCCCAAUUAUUAAGGCAAUUGCUAAAGAUGCUACUCUAUCAAGGUGCAAAAUAAUUGCAGAACCUUGGGAUUGUGGAGGUCUUUAUCUUGUUGGAAAAUUUCCAAAUUGGGAUAAGUGGGCUGAAUGGAAUGGAAAAUACCGUGACGAUAUCAGGAGAUUCAUAAAGGGUGACCAGGGUAUGAAGGGGAGUUUUGCAACUUGUGUAGCUGGAUCUUCUGAUCUAUACAAAGUAAACAAGCGCAAGCCUUACCAUAGUGUCAAUUUUGUCAUUGCACAUGAUGGAUUUACACUAAAUGAUCUUGUUUCCUACAACAUCAAGCACAAUGAAGCGAAUGGAGAAGGUGGGAAAGAUGGAAGCAAUGAUAAUUUAAGUUGGAAUUGUGGUUUUGAAGGAGAAACUACUGAUGCUAAUGUUAAAGCCCUACGGUCGCGUCAAAUGAAAAACUUCCAUAUGGCUUUAAUGAUUUCCCAGGGAAUUCCAAUGAUGCUAAUGGGAGAUGAGUAUGGUCAUACUCGCUAUGGAAAUAACAACAGUUAUGGACACGACACUGCUAUAAACCAUUUCCAGUGGAGACUGUUGGGUUCCGGGAGAAGCAAUCAAUUUAGGUUCUUCUCAGAGAUGAUAAAAUUUCGACAAAAGCAUUCUGUGUUCAGAAAGGAGAAUUUUCUCAGUGAAAAUGAUGUGACAUGGCACGAAGACAAUUGGRACAAUUAUGAGAGCAAGUUCCUUGCCUUUACGCUUCAUGAUAAUCUUGGGGGAGAUAUCUAUAUGGCAUUCAAUGCACAUGACUACUUUUUAAGAGCCAUAAUUCCCUCACCACCACAAAAAAGACGCUGGUUUCGGGUGGUAGACACGAAUCUCGAGUCCCCUGAUGACUUUGUUCCAGAAGGCGUUCCAGGCAUUGAACGUACAUACAACAUUGCUCCUUAUUCUUCAAUUCUGCUCGAAGCAAAACCAUGAAAACAGCAUGAAUUUCCCGGGAUGAAAAUUUUAAGGAUACAGGGCUUUCCAUUCUGGAGUACCAGGAGGUAGUUGGGAGUUUCACCUGCAUAUUACGGUAGCACUCCUUGGAGGCAUUAUUCAAAGUUUGAACGGACUCCAGGGAUGGAAGUUGUUUACUGAAUUGCAGAUUUAUGCAUGAAAAUAUUGCAUUUCCAUAAUUCUAUGCAUCUUACCAUAAUUAAGGAUGGUUUCACAUGCAGGAAAUGCUCUUGUUUGUGCAAUCUUAUGACGUGAUCUAGUCCAAAAACUGACAUGACAUGAUAAA